AUGGUCAUACACUCUGUCCUGAGUGACCUCGUCCCAUGACUCGACGAGUUGGUCUGGACCGGGCUGGUCUCAGACACAUCCUUCAAAGCUCGAUAAUGAAACUCACCCAUGCUCAUCCUUUCACCCUAUUCUCCAUCGAGGGAAACAUUGCUCUCAUCAAAGAAUCCCAAAGCAGCCCAAGAGCGCCCGAAGCAGCCUACCACUAUCACUAUUCGCUGGCUUCAAGAUCAACUUCCAAUAUGCCCAAACGUCUUUCCGGUCGUCGGCCAUCAGACAUUCAACAGGAGCACCACUGAUGGGGAUCCCGCGGGGACGGAUACAGAGCCACGCGUGGUGUUUUUGGGGGACGGUCAGCGCAGAGCCGCCAGGCCUCGAAGCAUUACCUCCGGUGUUGCAAGCUCGGCUCCAAACAAGGCAAAGCAAACCCGUAUGGCGGAAGACGAUGAGGGGGGAGCUGCGGAAGAGAUCCGAAGCAGUCUGCUGCGCUGUCAAUUCAUCUGCGGGAGUCUUAUUAAGCGUCAUCAAACCACUGAGUCGGGCGUCACAAGAGGAGAUCUUGCUCAAUAUGUGCAGACUGACCUAGCUGAGCCCUUCCAGGACCUAGGCAAGUUGAGAAGAUUGACGAAAGAGCUGCCUCAACUCAGAACGGACUUCGGAGGCGUCAGAUCCACAAGCGAUCUGCUUUCUAGAACGGGAGACGAGGACAUUCGAAGGCUGUCCUUGAGACUGCUCCGGACUAUCAAGGCGACUAUCAAGGCGUAGAAUGCUGCAAACAAGUCAGCGAUGAGCAAAGUCGAUGUCUCCACACGAUCCGCUACAAUGAUGGACAGUCUAUGGGAUCUCAUCGACGCCGGUACUAUUUAUGCGUCAAAGCUUACUCAAAUGGUUUGAAGUACCGUCCUCGAUGCCGACUGGGCAGCGGUCAUCUCAAGCUGUGUGCGACUUCCAGCAGAGCUUGGCAACCAGCAGAAGUUGGGGAAGCGGAGGAGGAGGAAUGGCUGCUGUUGAAAGCGCAAAGGUUGUGUGUCAAAGGUUCUACUGACCCCGCUCAACUUUUUUCUAGCGUCGAUGAGGAAGCGCUGCGAAGCUAGAGGCUCCGGAUGGCUCUGUGUGGAAGGAUUAUGGCCAAAAGUGUAUGUCGCAGCGGCGAAGCGACCGGUGCCGAGACUGCGUCCUCGGUAGCCGGUGGGUUUGCUGACAAAACAUGACGCGUUCCGUCCUUUCACGUACAUCACAC